AUGCUGCUAUUAAAAACCCAAUAUCACGAUGAUUCGGACGCAGACGAUGAAUACGAACGCAGCGUUCUCGCCUCACCACGGUUGCCUACAGAUUCUGAAAUCUCACCAACAGACUCGGGAUCAUUGUCUACAGAACACACGCCUACGAAAUACGGAAAUUCGAGCGACGACCAUGGGUUGCCCCGAACAAUCAUUAGUGAAUGGACUGCGGAAGAAUGUGCAGACUUCGUGGCGGGCUUGGGUCUCCGCCAAUAUCGCGCUGCUUUUUUAGAAAAUGAGAUUGUUGGCGAAGCAUUAAUAGCUCUGAAACAUGAAGAGUUAAAAGAGAUGGGCAUCACGAGUGCGGGACAUAGAUUAACAAUCUUGAAGAGCGUCUACGAUACCAAGAUGAAGCAGGAUAUUCCUAUUGAUCCUGACCAUUAUGUUGCCCCAUCAGCCGAUCAUAACCUCACCGAACCCGCCACAUACGGAGACAUUUCUCGCCUUCAGCAAACGAUGCGUUCAAGAGAUGAAAGAAUAUUGACACUUGAGAUUGAAAUACGAAGAGUGACUGAAGAAUAUCGACGACUACGGCAGGAGCUGCUCCCUAUAUUCAAAAUGGCCAAAGAUCGUUCUCAACCCCUCCCUUACCAACCCCCGAACCAUACAGGGCCGACAUCUAGCCCUGCCGAAUUAUAUCACGACCCUUUAUUGGGUGUGUCGCUUAAUUCCCGUGCCGACACGUCGGCAUUGGGCAAGCCGCAUUCUCGAAUGUACAACGGAGGCACAACGCCAAAAAGCAGUAAUUCUCCCACGCAUAUUCCGCAGUCGAUUCACCAUGAUGGCCGUCUUUAUAACGACGGCGCCACUCUCGAUCCUUCCGCCGCAGCUAUGGUAGCCUCAUCACAUCUUACAACAUCCAUGACUGGAGGUGCACAGAUAUCUCCUGGAAUUCCGUCUCCAACAUCUCCUGCUCAAACGCAACAAACGCUUGGACCUCGAUCAUAUGCCAGGGACGGCAGAAACACCACAUCAACAGUGCGUCCUGGAUACGACCAUGAAGAGACCCCUCACCCCAACCCCAGUUCGACUCCAACUCCCGGCUCCGGUUCUAGGGGUGAAUCGAAGAACACGGACUCGGCUGCGCCCAGUGUGGAGAUAUUCAAAUCAUUUAGGGUAUCAAUGGAGGACCCAUGCCACAAGGUCCUACCUGCUGCACUCAAGAAGUAUAACAUAAACGCAGACUGGCGGCAAUACGCACUUUAUAUUGUUUAUGGCGACCAGGAAAGAUGUCUAGCAUUGGACGAGAAGCCCUUGAUUUUAUUCAAACAACUUGAUAAAGAGGGACGAAAACCAAUGUUUAUGCUCCGCAAGUCCGCGCCAGCUGAUGGAACGGCAGCCUCAUAUCCUGCUCCUGCUGGCCCAGCCCCAAGUAGCGCUGGGUUCGACACCAACAGACCAGUUCCUGGUGGAGUGCUGUAA